GCUUCAAACCUGACGUUCAUUAUCUACAAACAGGGAAGAGCGGCACGUAAUCACCAAGAACACGGGUGACUAUUAACUAGUUAAAGACUAUCUUUAAUCUCGACAGUUUACAGCAAAUUUAUCGAUAACGAUGGAGAGGAAUGGCGAGACGGUUUCUGCAGUUAAAGCGUUGGGGUAUGCAGGGGAGUGCUGCUUGUCGAGGUGUACAUGUGAUGAACUUCCUUGCCCGCUGCUCAGCUGGCUCACAUCCCAACUGAAGUGUCUGUGUCCGGAGCUUCAGGAUUCAGGUGGGGGAAGUAACAUCUUGCUGGUGAGAGAGCUGAGAAACAUACUUUCAGACUUGCACUCUCCCCUCACUGGGCAGACCUCUGAGAUGCUGGAGCCCUCCAUCCUCAACAAAGUCACUGAGUUCCUUGUAUCAGAAUUGCAAGCAGCUCAGAUAAUCAAGCACAAAGAGCUUCAUCCUGAGGAUAAACCAUGUGGAGAGGAGUCUGAAAAAGAGCAAAGGGUGAUGAAUACCACAGCGUUUUCUCAGGAAUAUGAUGACAGUGAUUCAAACAAUAACCAAAGUACAGCUGAGAUGCAGGCGGAAUGGAUAUUACUGCUUCACGCUCUAAACAUGGAUGGGUCCUCUCCUUAUCCUGAUGUGCUGCAUGAGGUAGAGUCAAGGAUUGCUCGUCUACCUGGUGAAGCCAUGACCAAGCCUCUUCUUAACGCCAGCCUCAGCUCGGAGCAGUGGAUGCAGGUUGAAAAAAUAAGUAAAGUUAUGUCCGACGACUAUGGCUGUCGGCAGCAAAUGAUGAUCAAACGUUUUCAGGUUUCACUCGAGUCUUUUGCAUGGGGAGACAAGCAGAAGGAACGUAGUGAAGCGCUGGCCUCAGUCCCACCGCUUUCAUCCAUCGCUGUUUCGUCCCGAGUGUCCAUCCCUCUACUACUAGCUACCAGAGAGGAUCAGUCCUGCAUUGAGCCAAUCAAAGCUGGAGUAAUUACAAAUGUUUACAAGAAAAUGAUGGGCCACGUACCAGACAGAGGGGGUCGACCUGGGGAGAUUGAGGCACCUAUGCCGACCUGGGCAGAGAGAAGAUCAGGACAUGGAGGUGGACGCCAUCAGUGGGGGAAAAAUCCAAAUAAAAAGAGAAAGGGGAAGAGGGAGUAGUAUGUAAUUGUAUUUAGCUUUACAGCCUAGCUGAUUUAUUUUUUUCUUUAGGAAAAAGUACUUAAAAAUAGCAAUGGAAUGCAACAAAUGAUUAUUGUUUGUAAAAUUACACAUUGCACUUUUAUUAUAAAAUUUUUCAAACCUUGUCAAAUCUGAAGUGUGCAGGUAUAUGCUUUGUAAUCUUUGGGGAGAUGAAAACGAUUUUUAUUUUUUAUUCUGUUUUCACAGUUCGAACUGAGUUAAUGUGUUAUCAACAUUGGCAUGUUUUGUGCACAUAAUAAAAUUUGUCUAAUAAAAGAUAAUAAGCUUUUA